GUUUCAAGCAGCAGAGAGCAAAAACUUUUCUUUCUUUAAUCAUUUUUUUCUAGAUUCAAAGAAUAUCCCUAGUCUUCACCCUUGCAGUUCCAAGGUGCUUGAUUCCACAAUCGGAGAUGGAUGGAAGAACUUACGGAACAGAAUGGCGCUGCAAUAAGACCUUCUGGGUUGAGGCUGGCAUUGGACAUUGCUGGAACAAGAGCAUCCAAUAAGCCAAUUUCCUUCUCUGAGGGAAGUAGUAUGAUAGUUAUUGCUAGCUUUGACCAUGACCAGCCAGGCAAAAGGCAAAAACCUAUCCAUCAACCAUCUAAGACCGGUUCUGCUUCUAUGGCAUCUUCUUAGACAUUUAUCCCUAUCCCCGCAAGAGUCACUCUUUCAUCCGCUGAUGCUACUUUUUGUCCUUAUUGAGGGGAACCACCCAAAUUGAGUUCCAGGGUCGGGAUAAAUGUUAAUGAGUUCC